GCCGCCCCUGGGAGCCGGGGCUCGGCCUGCGGCAGCGGCCAGGAUGCCACGUUUUUGCCAUGCCGGGGCUGUGCUGCUCGUCCUGCUGGCUAUGGCCGUGGUUAUGGCAGCAGAGCAGGGAGGGGAAAAGAGCUGUGAUCUGGUUGGGGACAAGGACAAAGAAUCAAAGACGGAGAAGGAACUGCUGAAGAAGUUGGGGCCCCUGAUGGGCGCAAGGUUUCACACGGAUGUGGUUUCGGGUACAGAGAACUACACCUACGAAUUCCGGGUGUGCAGGGAGGUCAGCAGCGCUCUGGCCGAAUCGGGCGUUGUGCAGACCAAUGGGAAGACCCAAAAGAAGACGGUGAUCGGGAGAAUCAACGAGACCCAAAUAAUCAACGGCAGUGACUGGAUCUUGCUGAUUUACAAGGGAGGUGACUCCUAUGGUUCUCACUGUCUCUAUGAGAAGAGAAAGGCCUUGAUAAUGAUCUCAUGCAACCGGAAGGCCCGGAAUGACAGCUUCGUUAUGGCAUGGGAGGAGCGGGACAAGGAGCAGGAAUGUUUCUACCUCUUUGAGAUGGACAGCAGUGUGGCCUGCCCACCUGAGGACUCUCGCCUCAGCAUUGGCUCUAUUCUGCUCAUUAUGCUUGCAUCAGUGAUCGCAGUCUACAUUGUGGGGGGAUUCCUCUACCAGCGUCUGGUGGUGGGAGCAAAGGGCAUGGAGCAGUUCCCUCACUUUGCCUUCUGGCAGGAUCUGGGAAACCUGGUGGCGGAUGGCUGUGACUUCGUCUGUCGCUCCAAGCCUCGAAAUGCCCCAGCUGCGUACCGCGGUGUGGGGGAUGACCAACUGGGUGAGGAGUCUGAAGAGCGGGAUGACCACUUGCUACCAAUGUGACCAGACUUGAGGCACUGAGUUCUCCCCCUUCCUUGCUGCACUCGCUCUCCCAGGUGUUACUGGCCACUCCUUUUGUGCUCUUCUCUACCACAAUCUGAUUUUCUUUGAACUGUUUGCUUUUACCACAGCUGCUGUUUUGAUUCCCCACUUUUUCACCCCAGCCCAUCGCAGAACCUCUCUGUCCCUGCAGCCCUGGUACCAGGGGGCAGGCCUGAGGGGCACACUACUGCACAAGCUAACAGGGCAGGAGUAGCUGGAAGGUUCUGUACACAGCUGCCAAGGCAGGAAGGAGACCCCGCUCAGCAUGGAGAGGGGGUCUCUAGUGUGUGAGGGGUUCUGAAACAACUGGGAAUGGGGAGGGGAACAUUUCUUCUGUACUUUUUCUAUGAGGCUUACUGGAUCUGUGAGACACUGGAUUGUUCCCUAUUUAAAUGCACUUUCUGCUUUCUUUGCUUCUGUGCUGUCCCACAGACUGUUCACUGCCCACCUUCCCCCCUCUCCCCAGUGCCAUCCCGGCAGGGCUGUUCUGCCCAACUCCAUGAGGCUGGAGCAGGCAGCAGCCUCCCUGCAGCCUGCCUCUUCCUGGCAGCAGCCUGAAUUGAACAGCGCACGCCAAUUUCUUUCAGCUUCAGCAGAAGGACAUCACCAAAGCUCAUAGGUUUUGUUAAGGAGACUGCACCUAACAAGUCACGGGAGUCAGUAUGGUUUUGUGACUUCCUAUUUAAAAGGGGCAAGGGGGAAGACUCAACCUCCUCCUCCAUCAGAAGGAAGCCAGGUGUACUUCUGGGCAGGAGCCUGGAAAAUGACACUGACCUCAAGGGUAGUUGAGAGUCUAGAUAGUGACUUGGCUUCCAGGACAAGCUUUGCCUAAGCAGAAGCGUUAAGUGGCCAUGCCACUAUGGAGUUCGUAAAGCUGUGAUCUGGACUGGCCCUCAUGGAGAUCAUGACAGCCUUCAGCAGGUUUGUUUGUUUUUGUUUUUUUUUUAGCUGUGGGACUCUCUGGAUUUUUUUUAAUAAAGGAAACAUCGAUGAGAACAGCAUGGCAUGAAAUGCUGAAAACAGGGCAGCUGAUUGCUGCUGCUACACAAAAAGUGGUGAGCUGGGGGUCUAGCUUAGCUACACCUCUCCCACCCCUUUGGAUGCUAUGUAGGACCUGCUGUCUUCCAACACAAGCUACUGGUUGCAUACGCAUCCCUGUUCAGCUGUGCUGGAAAGCCUCACUACCUGCUACAGGUGAGAUCAGAGCUGCAUGGCAUUGGUGCUACCCCCAUUACGAAAGCAGCAGCUACACGGGUAUGACAUGAUGGAUAGAAGAAGUCAGUGAAACUUGCAGGUACUUAGCACCUUGGUCUCUAGUGCAAGAUGGUAGCCUCUACUAGUAAGCAGCCAGCCAAUUCCAGUCUACCACAUGACUGCUGGGCAGAGCUACUCAGUAUAGAACAGAAGCAAUUGACCAAAAGGAAAAAUAUAUUUUUGUAAUGUGAACAAAGGAAGAUUGCAGAAGUAGGGGUGUGAGAUGAGGCUCAGACUCUGGUCUCUCUGAGGGAGGAAGAGAGGCAUGGGCA